AUGAGCGGUAAUCGAGUGAAGCCGAGUUUCUAUUUAGAGGAUCCGAUGGAAAGAGUCGGACUGAGAGUAUGUUACGACGAUCCAGUGAUCCGUCGAGAGAAUGUCGACUGGGAGCGUGUUCGCUCGGCCGUGAUUGAGUAUAUGGUAUUGGAAUCGGGAACCAUCGUAUGUUCAAGGGUGGUGUAUCGAACGUGGAUCAUUGGUGGACCGAGAUCGGCAGAAUGGCCGAGAUAUGAUCAUGAAUCCGUACUGGAGCUGUCGAAUAUUGCAUAG